AUGACGAAGUUCAACUUGGAAGGCUCGGAUCACGCCUCUAGGGUGAAGAACGUGAUCAUCCAGGGGUUCGCUCUGGUGAACCUGAUCACGGUGAAGCAUGUGGAGGUCAGCGAGUACGUGUCGGAGCGCACCGGCCUGCGCGUGUUCUUCAUGCACUACGAAUCGCCCAUUGUGAACUCGUACUUCAUCGUGCCCACGCGCGCCGAAUCACACGAAGGCCUGCCUCACACUCUGGAGCACCUUAUUUUCUUGGGUAGUGCCAGCUACCCCGAGCGUGGCACGCUCGACCUGUUGGCGUCCAGGGCCCUCGCUGCGGGGACGAAUGCGUGGACCGAUGUGGACCACACCGUGUACACAAUUUCGACUGCCGGUGUGGACGGCACCCUGAUGAUGCUGCCCGUGUACCUCGACCACCUGCUGAGGCCGACCCUGACCCAGGAGGCCUUCAUGACCGACGUGCACCGCAUCACCCCCGACGGCUCUAACUCCGGCACCGUGUACAGCGAGAUGAAGGACAAUGAGCACGAUGCUGACAGCGUGACCGAGUUCGAGCUGAACCAGCUGCUGUACCCCGGCGGCAGCGGCUACAGCAUGUCGUUCGGCGGCCGCCUCGAGUCGCUGCGGUCGACCAACGUGGAGCGCGUGCGUGAGUACCACAAGCGCUACUACCGCCUGGACAACAUGUCCAUCGCCAUUGGCGGUUCGCUGAACGACGGUGAGCGCAUCCUCCAGGCGGUGUCCAAGGCUGAGGAGGCUCUGCUCGCCGCCGGUGUUGAGGCUAACGCCGUCAAAUCCGCGUACUAUUUCGGCAUAAAGCAGUGGGAUGACCCCGUCCACUGCCAACCGUUGAAGGAGACGGUCGAGAAAACCGUGUACUUCCCCAGCGAUGACGAGGAGCUCGGCCAGUUCACCAUGGCCUGGCGUGGCCCUGCGUGGAGCGACUUCCAGGAAAUUCGCGCGCUGUCGAUCAUGGGUUUGUACCUGACUCAAACGCCGAUCUCGCCGAUGGAGAAGGAGCUGGUGUACACCAGGGACCCCUUCGGAAGCGGCGUCGGGUUCGCGAUGGAUGAGUACAAGGAGACCCGGCUCAACAUCACCGUCUUGGACGUGCCCUGCGGUGAGAAGAUGGAGCAGAUCGCCCAGAAGAUGCGCGACAUCAUCACGAGCGUGUGGGAAUCACCCCUGGACAUGGAACGCCUGCAGGCCAUCAUCCGCCGGGAGCGUUUGAGCUACUUCCGCUCGCUCGAGACGCAGGCUUCGAACAUCAUGAUCGAGGGCAUCGUGAGCUACGUGGUCUACGGUGAGAAACGCAAGGACCUGGACGAGCAGCUGGAGGGCGACGACCAGAUGGGCCGCCUGCUGCUGGAGGACGAGCCGUUCUGGAAGGGCAUCCUCGAGAAGUACCUGAUCCACGCCCCGUGGGUCGGCAUUCGCACUGUGCCCAGCAUCAAGGAGAGCAAGCGCAUCGAGCGCGAGGAGCGCCAGCUGGUGAGGGAGCAGCUCAAAAAGUCCGACAUGAAGCUGCUCGAGGCGCAGGAGGCGCUGGUCAACUCGAUAGUGUCGAACAAGGGCGGCGGUGUGCCCAAGCACGUGCUGGACGCGUUCGGAGUCGCCGCGGUCGAGAACGUGGCGCUGCCGCAGUGGCCGUACAUGCGCAACUUCAACUCCGUGGGCCCGGACGCCGACGGGGGCCGCGCCAUGACCGGCCGUGUGCAGCUGUUCAACGUGCACGGCCACCGCACCGUGGAACACAUCUGGUCCGACCUGACGCGUCAGCUGGAUGAGGUGAAGAUAAGCAUGCAGGUUAACCACGUGACUUCCGACUUCGUGCGCUUCACCGUGCUCAUCCCGACCAUGGACCUGGGCCUCACCCACCUGGAGAAGCAGUGCCUCACCCUCCUGACCAACCUGCUGUUCCAAUCUCACUUGCGCGAGGGCAGGGGCCCGCCGAUGUCGUCCGACGCGUUCAUCAUGGAGCUGCAGGAGACUACCUCCAGCUACUCCGCCUCCCUCGGGUUGGCAUCGUCGUUCGGCAGCGCGGACGCGUACUCCGAGAUGGUGCGUAUCAGCUUGACGUGCCACAUCGGCUUGUACGAGCGCGUGUUUGGGAUCCUGCAGCGCGUGUUGCAGGACGUGCAGUUCACCGAUGACAUCGUGGACGCCAAGGUGAAGUCGCUGCUGAAGUCGUUCCACGAGAAGAGCCGGUCGGCCAAGGCGAACAUGCGCCAGGCCGUGCAGGCGAUGCGCAUGAAGCGCGACUCCGUGCGCAUGUCGAACGGCAUCGCGCAGCAGCUCGCGUUGCUGCGCGAUGCUGAAGAGGGCGAGACCGCUGCUCUGCUGCAGUCGCUGUACGACAAGGUGUUCGCGCAGCGCAACAUAGUGGCCCACGUGACUUGCGACGUCCGCUUCAUGCCCAAAUCGUGGCUGGGUCUGUGGGCGCAGCUGCCGGCGUCCGGGGCGACGGGCGAUAACCUGCGUGACAUGAUCGGCUUCAAGUUCGCCACGGACGUGGAACUGUCUGACCAGAGGACCAUGUACAUGUCGAUGGCGUCCACCGACGUCUCGUUCUUCAACCACGCCAUCAGGGCGCCGAUUGGUUUCGGCCACUCGGAAUACGCUCCGCUGUCCAUGCUUUGCGAGUACCUGUGCAUGCUGGAGAGCCCGCUGUUCCGCGCCAUCCGCGGCGGCGGUUACGCGUACGACUACGCGGUUUCGUAUUUGCCUUCCGUGGGUGAGAUGCACCUUUCGCUGCUGCAGGCCGUGGACGUGGUGGGGGCGCUGAGGGCGACACGUGACGUGUUCGGCCUAAUACGGAGGGGCAACCUGCCCACCGAGGACGACGUCAUCUCCGCCAGGUGCUCUCUGGUCUUCAACAUCGUGCAGAGCGAGGAAUCGCUCAGCGCGUACAGCUGCCAGACCUUCCAGGAUGCGUUCCGCGGUGUGGACUCCAAGUUCACCGUGACGUUGCUGAACAGCAUUCGCGACGUGACCCCCGCAGACUUCCGGCGCCUGGCCGAGACCUACCUCAGCCAUUUCCUGCACUUCGACGACCCCUGGAGCACCGCCGCCGUCGUGACCAACAAGAGCCAGGCCGACGACAUAUACCACGGCUUGGUCGAUUUGGGCUACGACAGGCUGCGCCGCGUGUCAACUAAGGCUAUGAUGAAUUUCGCGACCACCGGUAGCCUGGAGAGCGCGGACGCCGACAGCGACGACGAGAUGGGGAAUGACAUCGACAACGAUGGCGACGACGAAAUGCCUCACCCCAGCGCGUCCCGCGAGUCCGACGGGUCGGACGACUACAGCGAAUUAGAAUACGACGGUGAAAUCUACGACAGUAGGGAUGACGAGGAUGAUGAUGAUGGUGAUGAUGACGACGAGGAGGAGGAUGAGUCCCUCAGCGGGGACGAGGGCGACGACGCCGGCGAAGCUGAUGAAGGUGGCGACGAGGGCAACAUGGGCAACUACAACUACUUUAAGCCGUAA